CUUCCGGUGACGUCAUGAUUUAAAAAUGGAUGCCGCAGUGUUGUUUGUUUUGAUUGUAUUUACCUGGAUUGGCUACCUCAAAGCUGACAUCAUAGUUCAGUCUACUUCCUACUGUUCAAUCUGUACUUACAAUGAAGAGUUCUGCAGAAAUCCAGCCUACGUAAACACCAGAUACCAAUUCUACAACCGCGAUUUUGAAGAUGUCAACUCCAACGUAGGCACCAGCUACCAAGAUGGCAGGAACUGUAUUGUAUCUAUAGAAGCUCAUCCAAACAACCAGAUUGAAGUUCAAAUUGAUUACCUUGCAAUAGACAGUUAUGCUGAGAUGGAUGAUAGGGGAUAUCCUAAAUUCUGCUAUGAUUAUCUAAAGCUUUAUAAUGGUCCAACACCUGACAAUGCCAAGAUGUUCCCCAAUAUUCCUCCCGCUGGUAUAUGUGGGAAGAAGAAUUCACCUGCAGACAUGGCAGAUCUCCAGAUAUUCAAGACAACUCAAAACCAUCUGACAGUCCAGUUUGUUACCGACGGUCGGAAAGAGAGCUUUGGCGGGUUCAAGUUGAGGAUUUCCCAGUAUCCAUACUCGAAUGCAGGGAACCUGUACCCCUCUGGGGGUAACUUAGGAGGUUGGAAUGACGGUUCCUAUAAUGAGUUCCAGGUGUACUGGGAUCAGAAAGACGUGAUUCCUGGAGGAGUGUUCCCGGGGAUAGGGGGCAAUGACUACAGUGAGGAGGCGGGCGGUAUAGAGUGUUAUGACUGUAAUUUCUGUCCACUAGAGCCUUUUGAUCCUGUACAGUUAUCAAUCAGCACAAGAUCAGGAUGUCAUGUCUGCUCGAAGGAAUUUGACAAUAGUUACCAAAAUGCAAGGAGACAGUGCUAUUCACAAACAGACUACACAUAUUUGUUGGAAAGUUUAUCUGAUGGAAUAGACAAGGUGGAGAGCUACAGUGGCUGUAAGCAAUUUGUGACCCAGUACGGUCGCACUGUCAACUAUUGUUUCUGUCAGGAAGACAAAUGCAACAGCAGUACCACACUACUAUACAACUGGACGUUCCUGUUACUCUGUGUCAUAGCUACAGCUGUAUGGCCUUCAUUGCUUUAACACUGGUACCACCCUCUGGUACAACUGCACUGGUUCCUGUUACUCAAUGUUAUAGGGAAUAUACCGUUUACCAGGACAUUUUCGCCCAGUAAAAUUCAUAUUCACCUAGUUUUAAUUUUACUUACAAGAAAAUUGUAUAUGGUAUUCAAUGGGAACACCAUUAAAUCUUCUUUUUAUUACAUUUUUUAAAAGUAACAGGGCGCAAAUAGUGCUGCAUUAGAAAAGUGCAGGAACCGGUAGCAUACUUUUAAAGGACAGCAAGGCAGAGUGUCUUUACAUGAUAAACAUAAAAAUCUGAAAUUGACUGUUAUUCAAAGUUACAUUCUUAACGUGUGAUACAGUGUGAGACAAUAGAAGUAUGUGGAAGAAAGAAAUAGUAAGAUAGAAAAAAGGUGAGAAAGAAAAAUUAGUAAUGAAUGAUGGAGAUAAAAUCCAACAGAAUAGAAAAUGUAAGAAAUAGGUAAGUGAGAAUGAUUAGGAAAGGGAUCUGACUGGUGUCCAAUGUGAAAGUGUUAUUUUUAUAUAAGUUUAAAUUUAAUUAUAAAAUAUUCAUGUUUCUAAUUGAAUUAAAGUAUUGUUGUAGCAACAUAAAUAUGUUUCAUUUGUAAUCUCCAUCCAUCAUUUGUCAUUCAUUUCAUUUCUACAAAUUUUAUUGACAAAAUUAUUUAAGUCAACAGGCAAGCCUGUAUCUCUUAUCAAAUACAAACUGAGAUUAAUUGAUUUUAAGAUACUUCAAAAUGAAAAUUACAAAAUACAUUGCAAGGAAGAGAGAGUUGACUGUCACUUAUAAAUUCAAUGAAACUGGACUCAUACAACAGUUUUAUUUCGUUGUUUUUAUAAUCCAAAGUCUUUAUCGGGGAAUAAGAUCGUAAACAUUGACAAAAAGUCCAAGUGCAACGUUUUUCUCAGAUAAUAAUUAGCCAAUACCGUUGAUCAAGAAAGAUUUAUUCAGUGUGAUAGAAAAUGAAUAUAUAUACAAAUUAUUUCAUACCUCACUUUUUAAUUCAUCCAUCCAUCUACUGUAGAAGUGGAAAUUGUCGCGAUGUGGAAAUGUUGGUGUUUGGUUUUAAUUUAAAAAAAAGAUAAAUUAGCUUGGAAAUAGCCUUACGCGAAAAUAUAUCUAUGUAUUAUACUUAACGAAUUCACGCAAUCUCAUUGGACGAAACUUAUACAAGUGACCCAUUCUCAAAAAAUCCAGUCUUCCGAUGAAUAUCAAUUUCUAAAUAUAGCCACGGACUUAGAUAGCUAAUCUAAUUCCGUGAUAUAGCCUUUAAUCCGUAUACUUCCACCAUUAUUAUUUUAUGUUUGGCAAUCAAAAAUACAUUGUAUGGAUCAACAUGAUUGUUUUCUUAGCCGAGGUGUGUAUAAUUUGAAAGCUACAUAAAACAUGGUUAAUUACAUAAUAGGAAGUUUUUAGAACCAUAGACAGCGCCAAAACAAAUCGACAUUAAUCAGUUAUUAACAGUUACAACGCGGACAUUUCCACACUUUAGAGUUUCCACUUUCACACUUUCACUCAUUCAUCAAUUUACAAAAAAAUCAUUAGAUGAUAUUUUUCCAGAAACGCACUAACUAUAUAUGAUUGGUUAACCAAUGUACAUGUAGAUAAAAUUUUGAUAUGUGCCAUUUUUUAUUGAAUUUAAAAUAAAGAGACAUUUGUUCAAA